AUGCCCAUCACCGAACUCGCCCUCCUCCACCUCACCCCCGGCACCACGCUCGAAUCACCCACCCUCCGCGCCAACCUCUCCCACGCGAAAACCGUCUUACAGAACUACACAAACCGGCCCUUCUACUACAUGCAGCAAAUCUCCGAUCCGAGCUGCAUCUACGUUGUGGGAGAAUGGGACUCGCUAGACCAGCACCUGAACGACUUCAUCCCCAGCGCGGAUAACCAAGCACUGUUGGAAAGCUUGAAAGACUACAUCACUGUGGAUUCCAACCUCGAACAUCUCGAUGUGCCGAAUGCGGAGCUGCCGUUGCCGAGAGGGGAGGAGGAGUUGGAGAGAGCGAGGAGGGGGGAACAGGGAGAUGAAGGAGAAGUUGGAUAG